UGCUUUGAGUCCAUAGUUUUCAGAAUGAAUACAUUUUGUGAAUGAAAAUACAAACAAGAAAAUCUUCCAGAAUGGAUUUAAACUUAAUUCUGGAUGGGUUUGGACUCUUAAUAAUAAUAUGGCAGAUAGUUUAUUUGUUCGGCUGGGCGUUCCUCUGCACUAUUGUGGACACAUGUCAGCUGGUUCCAACCUUAAUUAUCUAUGAGCACGGAGUAGCAAUAACAUCAAUAUUCUCAUUUAUAGCAUCUUUGUAUCCAAUCAUAGUCUCAGAUCCCUUGGAGGUUAAUUUCUAUAGUUUAGAGGCUGAUACAGAAACUGAUAACGGACCAGAGAAAGUGGACGAGGGAAAAGAUCCGAAAAAAAUUGAAGAAGACGAAGAAAGGAAAAGUGAUGAACGUGAUGAGAGAUUGAGAAAACAAGGGAAUGAGGUUCUUUUAGAGGUAUCAAAUAUUGAGAAAGUACAACGAGGAAAUCAUGUUCAACAUCUCGAUCAUGUUGAUCAUGUAGAUUAUGUAGACAACAGGGAUGAUCUUGAUGGUAUAAACACAGUAUUAUUAAGACCGAGGGCAAAGGUUUCAAGGAAGGAGACUAAGAUUACUCAGAAGAUCUCAAUCAUCUCACAAAAGGCCAAGGCUUUAUCCCGACAAGCAACAUAUGUAUCUCUAAAAGCUGCUCAGGCCAAAGACCAAGAAGAUCACAAGGGGCCCAAAGAUGUUUUACAAGAACGGAAGAUGGACGUUUUAUUUCUAGGUAUUCAUCUGUGCUGGCUGCUCUACGGUUCUACAACUUUUAUCCCUGUCUUCUUUAUCUACAAGAUGUAUGGAGAGGGACUAAGGCUGCAAGAGACAAAGAAUUGUAAAUCUCCAAUACAUUUUUGGUUCUACUUCCUCCAUAUUCUCAUCGAAUGGUUGCUAGUUGUUGUGCUCCUAGUGUUCGUCUACACUGAGUCAAGGAAGAAGAUGAAAAACAGAAGAUUGGAAAUUCAAACUUAACUUUUUAUACUUAUUAACAAGAAUAUAAAUAUCAUUUGCAAAUGUA